AGUAUUCAGUCCUCUGAUCUUCAAAUUACCUAACCACUCAACUUCAACAUGCGUGAGAUUGUACAUAUCCAAGCUGGACAAUGUGGCAACCAAAUUGGAGCCAAGUUCUGGGAAGUUAUUUCUGAUGAACAUGGUAUUGACCCAACUGGAACUUACCACGGUGAUUCUGAUCUUCAGUUGGAGAGAAUAAACGUCUACUACAAUGAGGCUACAGGUGGUAAAUAUGUACCUCGAGCUGUUCUGGUUGAUUUGGAGCCAGGUACCAUGGACUCUGUCCGAUCUGGUCCUUUCGGUCAAAUCUUCCGACCAGAUAACUUUGUCUUUGGACAGAGUGGUGCUGGUAACAACUGGGCCAAAGGUCACUACACAGAAGGUGCAGAAUUAGUAGAUUCAGUUUUGGACGUUGUCCGAAAGGAAUCUGAAAACUGCGACUGCCUUCAGGGAUUCCAACUUACCCACUCUCUUGGUGGUGGAACUGGUUCUGGUAUGGGAACUCUCCUCAUCUCCAAAAUCAGAGAAGAAUAUCCAGACAGAAUCAUGAACACUUUCUCAGUUGUACCUUCUCCAAAGGUCUCCGACACAGUUGUGGAACCCUACAACGCCACCCUCUCAGUUCAUCAACUGGUAGAAAAUACAGAUGAAACUUACUGUAUUGAUAAUGAAGCUCUAUACGAUAUCUGCUUCAGAACCUUGAAACUCACCACACCAACAUACGGUGAUCUCAACCAUCUGGUAUCAGCCACCAUGUCUGGAGUGACCACCUGUCUUCGAUUCCCUGGUCAACUCAACGCUGACUUGAGGAAGCUGGCUGUCAACAUGGUUCCCUUCCCACGUCUUCAUUUCUUCAUGCCUGGAUUCGCUCCCUUGACAUCCAGAGGUUCCCAACAAUACAGAGCCUUGACUGUUCCCGAACUUACCCAACAGAUGUUUGAUGCCAAGAACAUGAUGGCUGCCUGUGAUCCAAGACAUGGUAGAUACCUGACAGUAGCUGCUAUGUUCAGAGGUCGUAUGUCCAUGAAGGAGGUGGAUGAACAGAUGUUGAAUGUUCAGAAUAAGAACAGCAGCUACUUUGUUGAAUGGAUUCCUAACAAUGUGAAAACUGCUGUCUGUGACAUCCCACCAAGAGGUCUGAAAAUGUCAGCCACCUUCAUUGGAAACAGCACAGCCAUCCAAGAACUGUUUAAGAGAAUUUCUGAACAAUUUACUGCUAUGUUCAGGAGAAAGGCUUUCCUCCAUUGGUAUACUGGUGAAGGCAUGGAUGAGAUGGAAUUUACUGAAGCUGAAUCCAACAUGAAUGAUCUGGUAUCUGAAUAUCAACAGUACCAGGAUGCUACAGCUGAAGAGGAGGGAGAAUUUGAGGAAGAAGAUGAAGAAGCUGCAUAAUUGAGGCAGACAGUGUUUUUAUUCCAUUUGAACUAUUCAUAUUCAGUGAAAUAUGCUAAUUUCUGGAACAUAAUCAUUCAUAUAUCGUGUCAUAACCUUUCGUGUCUUUUUUUUUUCAGCCCUAGAGUUGUCAAAUACAAAUGAUACUAUUCUCGACAUUUUCAGUUAUGCCUUUACUGUCUUCAACUUGUUAUUGCACUUGCCAAAUCAACUGAAAUAUGUAGCUGUACUGUAAUCUUUUGUCUUAUUUUUCCUAUGCCUAUUUUUAUUUGUAUCAUUAUCAGUCUAAUUAGAAGAAUCUUUCAUUAAUGUAUCUUGACGUCCUCAUCUUUCACAGCUUUUCCUGUAUCAUGUCAUAUUUAAGCUUUUUGUAAUCUGUUUGAAUCUUCUUCCUUUCGGUACUUAAAUAAAUUGACUGUACUAUGA